GUUAGCUCUUUGGUGUAGUAGUACUAUACCAAAGAUCGUAGGCGUUCCAAGUAGCGUUUAGCACUCUCUUUGAUUUUCUAUCUUUCAGUUCCUUGCCUCCGGAGGUGUGGGUCUGUUCUAGUUGGGAGAAUGGGUAAACCUCGCGGUCUUCGUACUGCUCGCAAGCAUGUAAAUCACAGGCGAGAACAGAGGUGGGCAGAUAACGAUUAUAAGAAAGCUCAUCUUGGUACUAGAUGGAAGGCCAACCCAUUUGGUGGUGCGUCCCACGCGAAAGGAAUUGUCUUGGAAAAAGUUGGUGUGGAAGCUAAGCAGCCCAACUCUGCCAUUCGAAAGUGUGUAAGAGUACAACUUAUUAAGAAUGGAAAGAAGAUUACAGCAUUUGUUCCUCGAGAUGGUUGCUUGAACUACAUUGAGGAGAACGAUGAAGUGUUGGUAGCUGGUUUUGGCCGUAAAGGUCAUGCUGUUGGUGACAUUCCUGGUGUUCGAUUCAAGGUUGUGAAAGUUGCCAACGUGUCACUUCUGGCCUUGUAUAAAGAAAAGAAAGAAAGACCUAGAUCAUAGAUUGUAAUGUUAUCCAAUAAAAUGAAUUUCUAAAACGUU